CAGAUAGGAUCUUCAUUUUACGCACAAAUAAAAUCCUCGAAACUAUGCUUUAGAAUUAAUCUAAAAGCUUCCAAGAAGAACUAUGUGCAACGUCAAGAACAAUAUAUUAAGUUUAAAACAAAGAGGAAAAAAGGUGCUCAGUAUUUGAAUGAAUGGUUGGGAAGUAUUUAUCCUCAAUAAAUAUUUCAGAUUAACGAGAUUACAUAAAUCCAUCAUCACUGCACCCUUUAUCCUUAUUGUUGCAAACCAUAAAAGAAAAAAAAAAUAACUAAAAAUGAAUCGAAUAAAGGAAAAAACGCAGCUCUGGAUUUAGGGUUGAUUGAGGAACACGUUACUUAUAGGUCUCGCUGUCUGUAUCCAUAUGGUUUACUCGAUAUACUCGGUGUUGGGCCUUUUAGACCCUAAUUUAAUGCAAAUUCUGAUAUUUUUAACAUAAUUUUAAUAAAUUUAAAUUUGAUAGCUACAUCAAAGAAUAGAAAUUAUCUAUCUUCUUUGAUACGAAACAUAGAUACAUCUGUACGUUUUUUAUUUUAUGCUCUCUUAUGUUUCUUUAAUUAUCAUCACUUUUUGGUUGUAUAUGAGUGUAGCUUCAUUUAAAUUUCUGCUCAUUUUUUGUUUGCAGCCAAAUGAGAAACCGGCCAAGGUAUCGAAAACCGAAACAGUUAUGGAAAAGAAAGAAGAGAAAAAGGAAGUGAAGAUCAAUGAACAUGAGGAUUGUGAAUACAUUAGUGAUGUGUUAAUCUUUCUUUAUACUUAAUUUGAUUGAAUUAAGAGAAUCCGUAUACAAGCGACUCAACAUACUUUUUGAAAAAGUGCUCUCACUUGUGUUAUCUUCUAAUUUAUGUUCAUUUUUACUGUUAAAUUAUUAAUAUAAUAAUAAUCUCAAGAGACUAAAUGUUACAUCGUGUGCUCUACAUCACUAUCACUGCAUCAAGCCAUUUCUUCAUCGAUUUUAUUGAACUCGUAUCAUGUUUGCGAUGGCAAUUGACACACUUUGAAUAAGGCCGCUGAAAACUGAUUAAUGUUGAAUCAAGAUUGAGACAGUAGGCAAUUCCAGCAUAUAAAGCUUAACAACAAUAAAUCAAUGAACAGUCUGAAAAUUGACCAAAUAAAUAAACUAAAAAAACAUUGAAGAUUCAACGAAACUGUCAAUCUUUGAAUAAGGCCGUUGAACAAGUCGGCAAUAAGAAGUCAAAACAAAACAAAAAAACAAGACACACCGAGUAGUUUGCAAGAUGCUCUUUUAAUAGGAUUGAUAGUAGAACAUCACUUAGGAUUGCAAGAUGUUCACAAGUCAUGCAUUUCUUUCAAGUCGCUCAGACCUAGUGUAUGCCUCACUAAUUUUUCAUAAAGAGAUUUUAGUUUCUCAGUGUCUCCAAAUCUUUUAGACUCCUUAGUUGCACAACAAAUUAAAUACUCUCUUUAUCAAAUCCCACAAAAAACUACUUUAUCACAUGUUGGUGAAGUUUGAAUGCAGUUCUAUUUUUUUCUGGCUUUUGUUUUAUAACCUUUUCAAUUAUCUAAUUUCAAUGAUUUUUGUAUGCUGUCUAUUUUAACAAUUUAGAAUUUUUUAAUGACACAAAAUAACAAAAAAAAAGAGUAAACUAAAGCAAAUGCUCGGUGAAACAACCAAGAAUACAUCUCCAUUCUAUAAAAACAUCAUGAUUGACCAAAACAUUGUGGUGAAUCUACCAAAAAUCUUUAAAAUUGCCGAAACAACCAAAAUCAAAUAAGAGUGAUUCAUUUAUUUAGUUUUAUAUAAAAAAGGAUAUCUAGCCAACCAAAAGAAAAGUUGUACACCGUUUUAUCUCCUUCAGGUCUGCAUGACAACAAUAUAACAUGACUUUUCAUAGGAAAUUACAAGACUUAUAAAACUAAACGAAAAAUGUGUAAAAAAACGCACUCAUGACUCAAGACAAAUGUAUCUCCAAAAUGCUGAACUUCUAAGGAGACUCCAGUGUUACAGUAAGCUGUGGCAAAGAGUUGUUUGAAUAUGUCAAGAUGGGCAAUCACGUCCGUCUGGGCUUCGUACUCCACUAAAGCCGAGACAGCAAGUUUUUCACACUUCUGGCUAAGAUUGGAAGCAACGCUAGAUAGAUCUCCACAUAAACAUUGUUAAUUUUGCAACAAGUGGCAAGUGAUGUUACAUUAAAUCCUGGAGAUAUAAAAGUUACCUCCGAGAGAGUGUUACCAAUUGAUAACUUAUCAAGUAUUAUUCUAUCAAAAGUAGUUUCCAAAUGUAUAGAUUUAAAUUAAAAAUUGUUAAAAAGUCAAUUAUUAAACACUUCUUAAUAUUCUGAAAAUUCUAGCAAAAUAGUUCCAUAUAUAUGCAUUUUUAGUUGCACAAUAAAUGCUUUCUUUAUAACAUUCCACAAGAAAACUACUUUAUCAUGAAAUCCUUUUCAUUUUUAGUGGCUGAUCUGCUUCAUGAAUUUGCUCGAGCUGAUCCGAUGACUAGAAUUUCGUAACAUCUCUAACCUUAAACAUUGUAUUAAUCACAUCUACAAACCAACUGGGAAGUACGUUGUCUCGGUGUUUACUCCGCAUUCUGGGCGGAAUUGCAGAAGGUUCUACUGCGAAUGGUGAACGACGCAAAAAAGUCUAAAGACGCUAGAUACACUGAGAAACUGAAAGGCCUAUAUCUAAGUUCACUUUACUACACAGAUCUGGGAGACUUGAGAAACAUUCACGCCAUGUGGACAUCAUAAGUCUUUUCUUUCGACAAGUUUUUAAGACAUUUCUACGUAGUGUGAUUGCUGGUGCUUUUAUCUUUGAUCCAUGGAUGAUGUUUGUGACAAGACAAUGAAGUUGCAUGCGUUUUUCUUUUCUUUUUGGUCAUCUUAUCUCAUCUGACGUAGUUGCUAUAGGUUGGUGGCCCUGGGUUCAUUACAUUACACUUCGACAAGUUUUUUAAGACAUUUCUAUGUAGUGUGAUUGUUGGUGCUUUUUUCUUUGAUCCAUGAAUGAUGUUUAUGACAAGACAAUGAAGUUAAAAAUUGUUAAAAAGUCAAUUAUUAAAAAGUCAAUUAUUAAACACUUUUUAAAAAUUUAGCAAAAUAGUUCCAUAUAUAUGCAUUUUUAGUUGCACAAGAAAUGCUCUCUUUAUAACAAUCCACAAGAAAAUUACUUUAUCAUGAAAUCUUUUUCAUUUUUAAGAUUCGGAUAUAAAAAUUUAUCCGCUAGUGCAUUACUACAAUGUCCUCGUUCAAUUUGAAAAUUGAACAUUGGUGAAGUUUGAAUUCAAUUGAUUUUUAGGACUGUCUUUUGUUUUAUAACCUUUCCAAUUAUCUAAUUUACAUGAAUUUUCUUAUGUCAUCUAUUUUACCUUUUAGAAAGUUUUUAAUCUUGGAUACUAUUGUUGGCGAACAUGAUCUAUAUAAUGCAAUAUGUAUCACAUCAUUACUCUAUUUUUUAUAAGAAAACAACUCAAAAUUUCAGACUUAAUCAUACAAUCUUAACUUUUUGGGCUAAGCCCCAUUUGGGCUACUGAUGUUUUGAGUUUAACCCCUUCGAGUUAAUACCAGCCUGAAACUCAUAAAAUUUACAUUUUAUUUUAGAUAGUACUGUAUCAUUUUUAUUCAAGCACUCAUAAAACAAAUAUGAAAGUUGUGAUUUGUACACCUUACUCUUUGAUCAAUUUGGGAAUCACAUUACAAAUUUCGAUAAAUGUUCUUUCUUCUUCAUGUAGAACAUGUUUUUUUUUUCUUUUACGUUUAGCAUAGUUUGUAUUCCCUUAAGUAGUUAAUUUUUAUUCUCUCAAGCAAUAACCGGUUUCUCUAAAAAUUGAACCGGUUUAUUAACUUUAAAAUUUUGAGAAAUAAGAAGCCCAACUAAUUAAAAGCCCAACUCACUUAUGUAACAGUCAUAGUCAACUUAUCCACAGCAGCAAUUAACUAGUCAAAGCAGAGAUGAUCAGUUUGGAGCCUAACGGCUUUGAGAUGAUCAGUUUGAACGUUUAUGAUAUAUUGGGUGCUAGUGGCUCAAUGAAGAGGACUGAGAAAGGUGAAUCUUAGAGAAGCAUUUUUGAUGGGUUUGUGUACUGACUCUCUGGUCUAUGAACUUUCCAGGGGAGAUUUCUAUAUGCAUGUGUGAGUUCUUUCUCGAUCCUCAUAAAAUCUCUCCUCCCACUGCCAGACAAAUAUCAUGAUAUUGAUAAACGUUACCGCCAACGGUGAGCUCUGUCUUCUCUCUUUGUUAAUCCUUGGUUCUAAAUCUUGAAUGCUCAAUAAGUUUUAUUUUCAUUUCACUAACCGUGUUUGAUAUUGCUAGGUAUGUGGAUAUGAUUGCUAAUCCUGAAGUGGCUGAUGUCUUCCGCCAAAGGGAAAAGUAGGUUAUCUAAAAUCUUCAAACUCUCACUAAAGCAUCUAGUCUCUUUUGUGCAUAAUCUCUAAAACGAAAUGCUUAGCUCACAAUGUAUAUCUUUCUGCAACAUUAUCAUAAGAUAGUUAGACUUGUUUUCGCUUACGCGGAUCAAUAAGGGCUGAUCGUAUGUUUUGUUUUAGUAGAUUGUAUCUGAGAUACGCAAGACAGUCGAGUCUUCUGGAUAUUUAGAGGUUGAAACUCCGGUUCUUCAGGUUUGUGUGCAUACACCUUCAUUCUCAAAUGCCUCCUUAAUAUUUAACUCAUUGUAUGAGAGUUGGUUUCAUGAACAUGUGAAAACUAGGGAGCAGCUGGUGGUGCCGGAGCCUAGACCUUUUGUAACGUAUCAUAACUCACUUGGGAGAGAUCUCUACCUUCUAACUCAGGAAUGCUAAAGACAGGGUUCUUUUGGCACUCCAAGACGUUCUUGAGCCCAAGGACAAAUCUGGAGUUAAAGCUUGCUCUUCUCUGGGCCAUCUUCUUAAUUAGGUAGAGCUUCUUCAGCUGAUAACUUACCAUCAGAUUUAUGUGCUGAAAUAAGUUUUAAUGAUUUUCUAGGUUUUUGAAGUUGUUGUAGAGCCAAAACUUGUGCAGCCAACAUUUGUCUUGGACUACCCAAUCGAAAUAUCUCCCUUAGCCAAGCCACAUCGCGGGUAAAGUUGUGUUAUGACUUAUGAGAACUACCCUUUUGUAACAGUAAUGCAAAUUUGACUGAAAGAUUUGAGCUGUUCAUCUGUGGCCGUGAAAUGGCAAACGCAUUCUCUGAAUUAACUGAUCCCGUGGACCAGAGGAUGCGGUUGGAAGAGCAAGUUAGGCAGCAUAACGCAAAGCGAGCAGCAGCUGAACAAACCACAAAGAAAGAGGAUGAUGAUGAUGAUGAGGAUUCUUAUGAGGUGACCCUUGACGAAGACGUCCUCACUGCCCUGGAAUACGGAAUGCCUCCUGCUUCUGGAAUGGGGCUUGGAAUUGACAGGCUAGUGAUGCUGUUGACGAACUCCGCUAGUAUAAGAGACGUCAUUGCGUUUCCUGUUCUGAAAAUUCCGCAGUAACCCCUCAUGGUUGUAGCUUCACCAUCUCUUAUGUAUCUUUUUGAUUAUUUUCUCAAUCAAGAAGUUGGAAUAAGCAGGUGUAACAAACACGUUUAGAUAGCAAAACAAAUCCAGUUAAUUAUUUUUUCUUGAUGAGUGCUUGAAACAGAGAGACAUAUAAUAAUACAUAAAAAAAGUAAAGUUACAUCAUGUUGGAUGCUCGUCCAGUUUAAUCCCAUUUUUAGUAAUACAGAAUCCAGACAAUGGUUGACUUCCACCAUUGCAGAUACUCUCGCAUAAGUCACUAUAAGCCGAAUAAAAUAAACAUGUGAUGUUUAUGACAUUGAUGGGUGAAACAAUCAGGAACCAACAGUAAAAAACUGACGACUCUGAUCAACUGGAAUCUGUCCUUUUCCUAGCAUGGUCCCUACCUAUACUUUUAUCUGUUUCUCAUCUGAUCAACUUAUAAUUAAAUGGUCUUUGGAUUCUAUCUAAGAGGAGAUGUUUAUGUACUGUGGUUAUUAACUCUUCCUCGAACCCCCCUUGCUGCUGUUUUGUUCUUUUCAGAAAUCAUAACUGUUUUCUUUCCAAUCUGAGCACAUUUUUGUUACUUUAUCAAAGACAAGAUUGGUGACUAGGUGUUUCAAAGAACCAA